GAAGUGUGAAGACCCUUCUAGACCCACCAUGGCCUGUGGGUGUGCCUAAGUGGUGUUCUAAAGGUUGGAUGUGUCUUCCGCUAAGGGGAAACUCUGCCGAAAUUUCGUGGACACCGACACUUGUGAAAAUAUCGAGGGAGCUGAGUGUGGACAUCAAAGGGGAGCUGAAAUUCGUCAUUUCUCAAGGAGAAGAUGAAUGAGAGAGGAGGAGAUGCUAAUGGAAGAGGAGCUGUAGCUGAGAAGACAAGUGAGCCGCCGCCAUCAAAAGUUGAAGCUUUGGAUGGCUCCAACUAUGAGGAAUGGAGCGGGCGGAUGAGGAGUGCCUUCAAACGCUACAAGCUACUGAAGAUUGCUGUUGGGGAGGAGAAGAUGCCCGAGGAAGGAGAAGCACGCGAACGGUGGAUUGAGAAAAGCGCGGUGCUUUUCGACCUCAUUCUUCAAUCGGUCAACAAGGAGAUGUUCGAGCACAUCAAGGAUCUUGUGGAAGCGGAUGAUUCGGGUCCAAGGGCGUGGAAACUACUACGUGAUGUGGUUCAGCCCAACACUCUCCCGAUGGUGAUCGUGCUCGAGAAGGAACUUGCUGCCAUCUCCAUGCGACCAGGGGACGAUGUGAAGCCGGUUCUUGACAAGAUCAAGGACUCCUAUGCAAGGAUGGCAGCAGCGGGCAGCAGUGUAUCUCAGCUGCAGCAGUGCACCAAGAUCAUCUCGGUGUUGGACAACUCUUGGGACAACCUCAUCCCCACCCUCAACUCUCAGCAAGAUCAAUGGACACCUGAGUGGCUAAGGCAGCAGAUUCUGCAGGAGGACUUCCGUAGACGCCAUGUGGGAGGCGGUGCUGCCACGAAGACUGCUGAGGGGUAUGGAGCUGCAGGGCGCGGCAAAGGAAGAGGGGGUUGGAGAGGCCGAGGCCGUGGGAGGAGCUUUGGCAGAGGUAGAGGCCGAGAAUUUGGUGAAGGAUGGGAGCCUGAAGGGCUUGGAGGUGAAAGGGGGAGUGAAGGAGAUUGGGAGCUGCCCUACAUGCUUGGAGACCAAGUUCUCCAAGUUCCCCUUCAACAGCACUACAGACCAGCCAAGACCCCACUUGCACUUGUGCACAUGGAUGUGGUGGGGCCCACAAGAGCCCCUUCCCUCUCAGGCAGCCGCUAUUUCUUGACAAUUGUAGAUGACCACACUCGGGCAGUGUGGGUUUACCCUUUGAAGAGCAAGGGGGAGGUGGCAGCGGCUGUCCUUAAGGAGUGGAUGCCUAGAGCUCAGAGGGAAUGCGGACACAAGAAGCUGACAGUGGCAAGGGAUGUGAAGUUUCUUGAGUCCCUGUACUACAAGGAAUGGAAGCAGCAGCAACAGAAGCUUCCAUCUACACCGCUCAUUGUGGAGGCAGAUGAGGUGCAGCGGCCUCCAAGACAGGUGGAGGUUGCAGUGUCUGAAGAGGAGAUGUCUGGGGUGACUGAGGAAGGGGGAGCAGCUGAAGUGGAGCAGCAGCAGCAGCAGCAGCAUGAAUCUCCACCUCGAGUUCCACACCCGCCUGAGCGACCUAGGAGGGAUGUGCGCCCUCCGGUGAGGCUGACCUAUGGGGGAAGAGGCAAGCCGAAUGUGGUGCAGGCUGGGAGUGUGGUUGAGCAGAUUGAGGAAGAUGAGAUCGCUCACUGCUACUGGGCACCAAUCCCUGAGCCCAAGACUCGAGAAGAGGCCUUGAAUGGACCAAAUGGGGAGAAGUGGAAGGCGAGUGAGGAUGAGGAGUUCGGGUCCCUGAUUGAGAACGAGACAUGGGACCUGUGUGACUUGCCUCCUGGGAAGAAGGCAAUCACUUCCAAGAUGAUCUACAGGCACAAGUAUGGACCUGAAGGGGAGCUGACCCGCUACAAGUCUAGGCUUGUGGCAAAGGGGUUUUAGCAGACAAAGGGGAAGGACUAUGAUGAGGUGUUUGCUCCUGUGGGGAAAGGAACAACAUUGAGGGUGCUAUUGGCGAUGGCUGCACUCCUGGGAUGGAAGAUACGGCAGAUGGACAUUGUGACUGCCUUUCUGAAUGGGAUCAUUCUGGAGGAGGUGUACAUGAAGCAGCCAGAGGGGCUGGAUGAUGGGAGCGGCAGGGUCUGCAGGCUGAAGAAGGCAAUCUAUGGCCU